AUGGAAAUAAAGGUGUACAAGCAGAACUACACAACAGGACUAAAUAUUCCAGAAGAAGCUCCUGCUCUAAGAAGCUUCCAGUUUUCAUGUGAGCCGACAAUGUUACCUGAGACACCUUCAGCUUCAGUUCAUGCUCUGAGGCCAGCUGACAUUAAAACAGUAACUGCAAUAGGAAGUUUGCAAAGAACACCAGGAUCUGGCAUACCUAAUGAUGAUUUGCUCCAAAGCACAGGAAGAAGCCUCCCUGAAGUAAGCGUGGAAACUUUAGCAGCUCUCAUUAGCAGUUUUAAUCCCUCGGUCCUACACCAGUCUCCCCCACCUGGCACAAAUGGAGCGACAUCAGACAAUCAAGCCAUAGACCUCCUGCAUCAAGCUGAAGAAACAGUGAAGCUCAUGAAAGAGAACCAGAUGAUGGACUUCCAAAAUGACUGGAAACUGGUCACAGUUUUUUUUAGUGCUGAAAGCCCAUGCUCUUCCUGUGCCUCCACACAACUGAAGAACUGCAUAUUGGACAACGUGGAAAAACUUAAAGCUGUCUUGGAUUUUUUGUAUAAAAAGGUUCCCAAGGCCUUUGUAAAUCUGGUGUACUCCACUGAGCUCACAACUUCCUCUCUUGCAUGCCAAGAUUACAAUAAUACCAGCAAUCCAGGCAGGAAUCAGUGCAAUUGUACUGGUGAACUCUCCACAUUAGAUGAUAACAUCUUGAGGUGGUCCUAUCAGGAUGCUUGGGAAAAACUGCUGGUGUCUGAAAGGUAUGAUCAAAAGGAUGACUUCACUGUCGUUCUUCAGCCUUCUCUCCAAGAAAGAAAUCUGCUGCUCAGACCGGGCAGGGAUGGUUUCAUUACCACAUCAAAGACAGAAGUGGAAACUCUGGAAGAUUAUACUUUCAUGGCUGUGGGCCUCUGGAACAACAUGAUGGAGCCAGUUGGACAGAAGCAGCCUUAUGAUUUCACAAAAAAACUUCAGGUCCGGUGUCCAUCUCAGGAAAAUCCAUAUUUGUUCACAUAUAGAAACAGUAACUACUCAUCUUCCCUGGAGACAUCAAACACCAAAGAAACAUCUCAGGAGAGGAAUUAUGGAACAAAUAUUCCCUGUUUUCAUCGGGCUCCCUCUGAUACAGUUCCGGUUUCAGUUCAUAAUUUGAAACCGGCAGAUAUUCGGGUGAUUGCUGCCCUGGGAGAUUCACUCACAGCAGGUAAUGGAGCAGCUUCCAAACCCCAUGAUGUUCUGGAUGUCCUGACUCAAUACCGAGGUGUUUCUUGGAGUGUUGGAGGAAAUGAAAAUAUAAGCACAGUCACGACACUAGCAAACAUUCUUCGUGAGUUCAACCCAUCCCUGAUAGGGUAUUCCAUUGGCACUGGAAAGGAGACUACAGAUAAUGCUGUGCUCAACCAAGCUGUGGCAGGGGAUUGCACAGAAGAUGUCCCUGCUCAGGUUAGAAGACUGGUGGACCGAAUGAAGAACGAUACUAGAAUAAAUUUGCAGACUGACUGGAAACUCAUAACACUUUUCAUAGGAGGAAAUGACCUAUGCAAAUUCUGCAACAAUCCAGUACACUAUUCUCCUGAAAACUACACCUACAAUCUGCAAAUCGCUUUGGACAUACUUCACAGAGAGGUUCCACGGGCAUUUGUGAACCUGGUGACAGUGCUUUCCAUAGCAAGCCUCCGGGAGCUGCACACAUCAGAAAAUACCUGCCCAAAGCUGCUUAUGAGGCUCCUGUGCCCUUGUGUUGUAAACCCUAAGGACAAUUCCAAUGAGUUGAAGAAGUUGGUCUACUUUAACAGAAGGUAUCAGGAGAGAACCCGACAGUUAGUGGAGAGCGGAAGGUAUGACACUACAGAUGAUUUCACUGUGGUUGUGCAGCCAUUUUUGAUGAAUGUGAACAUGCCAAAAACACAGGAAGGGUUACCAGACAGUUCAUACUUUGCCCCAGACUGUUUUCACUUCAGCCAGAAGUCUCAUUCCCAGGCUGCACGUGCUUUGUGGAACAACAUGCUGGAACCCUUAGGGGAGAAGACAGAUAAUCAGCAAAUAGAAGAUGAGAUUGUUCUCAAAUGUCCAAGUGAGGCUGAGCCAUUCCUGAGGACAUAUAAGAACAGUAAUUACACAUACCCUAACCAAACUCCAAAUUAUGGAAGCCAGCUGCCAUGCAAGGACAGGUUUCCAUCCUCCCCUCCGGCAACUUCAGUGCAUUCCCUAAAGCCAGCUGAUGUGAAAAUCAUAGCAGCCCUUGGGGAUUCUUUGACGGCUGGAACAGGAAGUGCCUCAGAUCAUCUCCUGGAUUUGGACACUCAAUACCGGGGACUGUCUUGGAGUAUUGGAGGAGAUGAGUCAUUAGAGAACGUGACAACUCUACCUAACAUCUUUCGAGAGUUCAAUGUUACGAUUGUGGGCUAUUCAACUGGCACUGGGAGUGAGAAUGAUUCGAAUGCGUUCCUUAACCAGGCAGUUCCUGGAGCACAGGCUAA